AAUUGAAAUUUCAAAACUUAGCUAGAGAGAGGGAGGAGAAGCGAAGCGGAAGAAGAGGAGAAGCAGAACACUAACAACGAAAUAAAAAAGGUCCUUCCACUUUUGCUUCUCUUUUCCCUUGUUUGUUUUACAAAAUCACUGCUGUAAAAACCUUAACCCACUCUUGUCUUUCUAGAGUUAUUUAGCUCCUUUCUCUAUGCACCGAUUGCAAUCAAAAUCUUCUCGAUUUUUUGGCAGCACUCGGUGGAAAUAUCGAGCUUGGAGAAGUCGCGGAUAUUUUUGUAAUUUGAGGAUUUGGAGAUUGUAGAUUGGGAUUUGGAUCUAAAAGUGGAUGAAUUUGGGUUGAUUUAAGGCAAUUUGUGAGAUUAUGUGGUGGAUUUUCAGCCGUGGCCGUGUGGACGAAUUGGAAAAAAGAUUGGAAUUUGAUUAAAUUUUUUUUUAAAUUUAGGGGAGUUGGAAUUGAAUGGGGGAAGGAGAAGGAGGUGAAUUCCCGCCAAAAAAUGUGCAAUCGGGUACGGUGGAUUUUCCGGCGAAGAAGCUAGCAAGGCAGCUAGAUUUCACGGCCGGUUUUGGCGGGUUUUCUUCCGGUGGUGUAGUUUUGCCUGAGCACCCGCAAUCCACACAAGGGAUGGGUGUGGCUUCGUCUUCGGCUGCGUCGGCUUCAGUUACUCAGCAACAGCAGCAGCCACAGAUAAAGCAGCAGAUAGUGGCGACCACUCCUGUGGCCGCCGGGCAAUCUGUUCCUCUAACUACGGCAUCGUCGAGGGUUGUAAAACCAGAAUCCCCAACAUCAAAACCAAGACCAAAUGAACUAAAAGAUGGUACUCCGAAGAAGCAGAAGCAGUGUAACUGUAAACAUUCUCGAUGUCUGAAACUGUACUGUGAGUGCUUUGCAUCUGGCAUAUACUGUGAUGGGUGCAAUUGUGUUAAUUGUUAUAACAAUGUUGAGAAUGAAGCUGCAAGACGAGAUGCUGUCGAAGCAACCCUGGAGCGUAAUCCAAACGCAUUCAGGCCAAAAAUUGCUAGCAGCCCACAUGGUGCACGGGAUAAAAGGGAAGAGGCUGGGGAAGUUUUGAUGCUGGGAAAGCACAACAAAGGAUGCCACUGUAAGAAAUCUGGGUGCCUUAAAAAGUACUGUGAGUGUUUCCAAGCCAACAUUCUUUGCUCCGAAAACUGCAAAUGCAUGGACUGCAAAAAUUUUGAGGGAAGUGAGGAGAGACAGGCUCUAUUUCAUGGUGACCAUGCUAACAAUAUGGCAUAUAUUCAGCAGGCAGCAAAUGCUGCCAUAACUGGAGCUAUUGGGUCAUCUGGUUAUGCAUCCGCUCCAGUAUAUAAGAAGAGAAAAGGUCAGGAUCUGUUCUUUGGGUCAUCUGCCAAGGAUCCAUCUAUUCACAGGCUUGGACACUUCCCACAGGCAAAUCAUAUCAGAGCUUCUGCACCCUCCUCUUUCUUGUCUUCUAUGCCAGUUUUUCGUGCUGGUACAACUGCUGCAGUUAGCCCAUCAAAAUUCACAUAUAGGUCUCUGUUAGCAGACAUAAUUCAAAAGCAGGACUUGAAGGAGCUUUGCUCUGUUUUGGUAGUUCUAUCUGGAGAAGCUGCAAAGACACUUAAAGAUCAGAGAAGCUUGACUGAAAAACGGGUAGAAGAUCAGACAGAAACUUCCCUUGCAUCAUCCACUCAAGACAGGUGGCAGAGCCAUAAGGAUUCUGAUGCUGUGAAAACCACAGCUGAUGAUUGUUCAAGUGCCAACCAGGCUGAUAAAGCUGGCCCUGAGGAUUCCAGCUCAGAUGGUGCUGAUAUGCCAAAGGGAAGGCCUAUGUCUCCAGGAACUUUGGCAUUGAUGUGUGAUGAACAAGAUACAAUGUUCAUGGCAGCUGCUUCUCCUAAUGGGAUCAUGGGCCAUGGCUGCAGCACAUCUUCACAAUUGCCUUAUGGACAAGGCAUGACAGAGAUCUAUGAAGAGCAGGAAAGAGUUGUUUUGACAAAGUUCCGAGAUUCUCUCAAUAGGCUUAUCACUUGCGGAGAAAUAAAGGAAACGCAAUGUUCGUUAGCUAGAACAGAGAUAGGUAGUCAAAGAGGCCCUCUCAGCAAUGGAACUGAAAUUGUCAGAACUGAGACUGGGAAUCGACAAGGAUCCAUUACCAAUGGAGUUGCGAAAACUGUCAGUUCACCUACAGUCAAAGCAUCUCAGAUGGCUGCUGUGGUGGUCACCACGGCUAACAAUGAUCUCCCAAAAGUUCCAUCCCUACCUGAAAACGGGGAUGCUAAAUCAAAAACCGAAAAACAGAUGUAAAGAUCCUAAAUGCUGACAAUUGGCCCAAGGUAUGAUACUGCAGCUCUCUGCAACAUUCCACUGUUCACUCCACCUUCAGCUUUGAUUCAAUAUCAAGGUGAUUGUGGGCAUAAUUCUUGGAACUGACCACUGCUUUGAUUAAUUUCUCCCAUUAUUGAUAUAUUUAUCAGUUUUCUGCCUCAACACUUCAGCUCAUACCACUGUAAAUUGCAUGGGAGUACAAUAUAUACAAACAUGCCAGCCAACGAUCGUCAAUAGCUCCUAGGUUAAUAUAUGGAGCACAAGAUAUCUGCUACACCUAGCAUGUUAUAUGAGAUUAAUUAUAUAAAUUAUAAUGCAAUUUAAAAUGUGAGAUUAAUUGGAAUUAAAAUGCAAUAUAAAAUUUGAAGUUACGGAGCUGACUUCUCUCUAACAUCAUUUGUCAAAGUCUGCUAUGUUAUUAGUAAUGUUUAUUGACCAACGGUAGUUUUAGUUAAACUGGCGAAAAUUUUUUUAAAUAAACCUUAAAAUUUUUAUUAUAUCCAAUUGAGUUCUUAAAAUACCAUUAUUGUUUAAUUAAGUCCUUAUUUUGUAUCCAAUUAGGCAUGCGUCAAUAUAUAUCCAUGGUAUGAAAGAUUUAUAAUCUAUAUUAAU